AUGCGUCAGGACGGGAUAAGUACUACACGGGUGGAAGAGUAUAAAGAUACGAUGACUUUAGCCAGAUAUUUAUCCUAUACGAAGCUGUUGGGAGCCCGUGAAACGGUGAAAAAUGGCAUGUUCCACACCUUUGGGUUUGUUAAUGGCAAACAUCAUCUAUGGAGAGUGACCGACUUACCUCAACUAGUAAAUGGAUUGGCCAUAGAGAAUCCUAAGAUCGAUUAUGUCACGGGAUUAAAGCUUAUUGAACAAAUGCAUGGUUUUCAUAUCAAAGAGUAUACUCAAAGAUAUUCCCCUUUACUUCACCCUGACGUCCAGAUGAAGAGAAUUUAUCAAACCAUUCUAAAGAAAAACCCCUCAGACGAAGAGGUAACCAGAAAAUUAGACCAAGUGAGCCAGUCCUUGAGAGGUAAUUCGGCUGCCAAAUUUGGAAAGCCCGAGAAAAUGACUUCAGCAUAUAGAAAUAGAGGAUCGGUCACAGAUAAAGCGGUAUUCCAAGUUUUACCGCUAAACAUUGUUUUGAAGGUGAUUAGCUUAACUACAAAUGAUUUGGCUGUGAGCUUGAAACUUGUUAGAACAAUGAUUAAAAGACAUCAAUGCCGAAUAAACAACGAGACACUGCUCUAUCUUACAAGAGUAUUCCAGAAGAAUCCUGAAGCUGUCGAGCAGUUUGGUGAGUUUUUUGAAGGAUUUCGUGCGGAAAUAGUUUUGAAUAGACAGAUGUAUAGAGCGAUAUUGGAAGUUCUAAUGAGAGGUCACAAUACUAAUCUAAUAUAUCAGUUUAUGAGGAACUAUGUUGAUGAUGGAUAUCCAAUUUCGACAGUGAUGUUUGAGAAAAUGACUCUGAUUUUUGGAUUGCAGAAUGAUGAAAGAUACAAGGAAUUCAGUCCCUGUCUAUAUUAA